AUGAAUGAUGACAAGCAAAGGCUAGAAUUAAAAAAGCAGCUACAAAAUGAAUUCUCUAAGCUUAAUGGUAUGCAUUUAACCAUAGAAGAAAAUCAGUUUAAACUAGUGCCAAUAAUACUGAAUAUAUACAGAAGAAAUUCUACAUUUAAAAGAAAGUAUCCAUCACUAAAUAACAUAGCGUAUAACACAUUUAUAAUGGUGUUAAAGUAUCAGACCAUUCUUAUUAAGGAAGUAACCACGGAUAGUAUUAUUUCUAUGCUUGAGAAAUCACUGUGCACUACUGAAGCUCUUAUGGACAGUAUUGAGAACGGAGCAGAGCUUAUAGAAAAUGAUGAGCAGAAAAUGGCAUACUAUAAUAUGAUGGAUAAACUUCAUAUACUUACAAAACUACCCGCACAGCUUUUCAUGUCUAUGCACUUAGAUGCUUGUUAUGCAUUCUAUUUAUACACUCCGAGUAUAUCCUUUGAAAAAAUCUCUAGAAAUGAGGCAAUGGGCAAAUUAUGUGAGCUAACUAGAUCUGGAGAGUAUUCAAAUUUUGAAAGACUAUUAGAAAUAUUCACAGAGAAUGCAGGUAAUUUUGUAAAAUAUGAUAAAAAUGGCAUGAAACGGUCAAACUUAGCCAAUCUUAACUUAUCAGACGAGGAUAUCUAUUUGUUAUAUCUACUUACAACACAAACAACUGAUGAUUUAUACCAUUUGAUAACUGCCAUGGACAAUUCUAUAUCGGUUAAAAGCAAAAAAGUUACUAAAAAAGAAGUAGUGAAUGGAUUUGGAUCACACCGCUUUGAAAGGUUGAUAGGAUUGCCACUCUUUAAAGAUGCAGUUUGUGUUUCUUUAAGUUUAGCCCAAAAGGCUUCUAAAACAGCUUCUUUUAUCAAGUCUGCUACACUAAAUGCAUUUUCUUUCUUAGUUAAUUCAGCGCUUGGCUCUUCUUAUUUAUAUAUAAAAUUAGCUAAAAACAGAGCUAUCGCAAGUGCAUAUGAUAAAGCAUCUAGUCCUACACGAUUCAGCUGUAUAUUUAAUAUAGUGCCAAUGGCAAUCACUAGCGAUCAGACUGUGCGGUCAUAUAAUGCCAUUCUUAAUACUAUAAUUGGAAUAGGACUAUAUACAUACCAAAAUUGCGAAAUAUUCACUUUAUAUAACCAAGAGGUAGACUAUACAAUUAAUAGAAUAUGCCAUUUAUACGAUUUAAACCCAGAUACAUUUAAGAGCAAUGUAAUUGAAAAGCAUCGGGAUAACAUUAAAAACCAGCUAAGUGCUAUUUUUAGCACACCCGUUAAUAUAUCACUAGAUGCCGUAUUAGAUAAAUCAUUAAAUGAAAUGGAAGCACUUCAUAAUGAUAUGGCAUUUAUUGCAUCUAUUGAUGAAACAGCUGAUAUUGUUAAUAGAAUUGACACAAUCACCAAAGAUAUUAAUCCAAAUAUGUAUAUGCACACAGUUAGUAUAAAUAUAGAAGAAUUAGAAUUAGAAGAAAUCAGUGAUACUGAUUCUAAUGACAUAUUCUACGAUGCCAAUUUAUAUAUAGAAGACCACAUAGAGAAAAAUAAUGAAAGUUCAGAUGAUACAUUCUACAGUGCCCCAUAUACUAUAAAUGAAGAAAUUAUUCCCAUGAACAUCCAAAGAAAACUGCCAUUUCUAAACCCAAUCUCCAUAGCAAUUGCAAUGAUUAUCUUAUUAUUAUCUAUUAGUCUAUUUGUAUUAUACCACACAGAAGUAAUUUUGUUUAUGAAAGACGUUGCAUCCGAGAUUGAUGAUCUCUCUGCCUUAGAUUUAAUAAUUAAGAAUUCAAAGAUUAUUCUUAAACAGACCUGUAUCUAUUAGAUCUAUUAACUAUACAUAUACCAUCCUCUUAUAUGUUAAUUUAUCCAGUAUAUUAAUACUCUCAUUAUAUACAGAUUAAUCAUCAUCCAUGCAUCCCUUCAAUCAGAAUAAUUUAUUCUGUACAUAUUAUAAUACUUUUUGUAAUAACCCGAAUUGCCACAAGUAUUUUCCUAUAUUAACUAUAAAAUAUGUAUAGUAUACAAGUAAAUACAUUUAAUAACCAACC